UCCCCAUAUAACCAACUACCGAGUGCGGGAGCGUAACUGCGAGAAGGCAGCCAGCCGCCCAAGUGCCAUUAAAGCUCGGGGCGGAGAGGACGCGUUGUUACCUGGGUCCUCUCUUCGGGGAGAAGCCGGGCCAGCUGGAGGAUUCCCUCUGAAUGAUUCAAAACUCCGCGAUUCUCUUCUGCCACAGGCGCAGAGGGACCCCAGCAACUGCUCCGUUUGAACUGUGCGGAUGGACACGAGGAUGGGAGCCAGGGACUGAGAGUCACAGAGGAAGGACGGGGGAGCCUGGCAUCUCAUUGGUGACCUUAAAGGAUUGCCAUUUAUUACCAUUCAAAAACUACUGAGCAUCAUUUUUGCAUGACUACUGAAAAAGGAUAUCUUCAGAGAAGCCAGUCCCUUUUUGAAGUUCAUAAUUGGGACUCUGUUUUCAGAAAGCAGAGCAUUCUUUAAUGAAGAAACCUUACAGCUGCUAAACACACUGAGACAGGAAAUCUUCGUGAAGAAGGAUGGCUUCCUCCUGGAAACUAAUUCUGUUUCUGUCAAUCGCUGGGUGUCUUUCAGAAUAUUCUGAAGCUCUUCCUGGUCUCCCUACUUCAUAUGCUGCUUUGCUAAGAAUUAAGAAGAGUUCAUCUUCAUCUCUCUUUGGUUCAAAAACAAGACCACGAUACAACAGCCCUUCAUUAGGAACACUGAGUGUUUCUUCACCGAACUGGCGAGGGGCAGCUCAACAUUACUAUUCCCCCAUCAAUCUUUAUCAUUCUUCAGAUGCCUUCAAACAAGAUGAAAGUGUGGACUAUGGGCCAGUGUUUGUACAAGAACCAGAUGAUAUAAUUUUCCCGACUGAUUCUGAUGAAAAGAAAGUAGCACUGAAUUGUGAAGUUCGUGGCAACCCAGUUCCCAAUUACAGAUGGCUUCGAAAUGGAACAGAAAUAGAUUUGGAAAGUGAUUAUCGCUACAGUUUGAUAGACGGGACCUUCAUUAUAAGCAAUCCAAGUGAAGCAAAGGAUUCUGGUCAUUAUCAGUGUUUAGCAGCCAACACUUUUGGAAGUAUUCUUAGUAGAGAAGCCAUACUUCAGUUUGCCUAUCUGGGAAAUUUUAGUGGCCGGACAAGAAGUGCAGUCUCUGUGAGGGAAGGCCAGGGGGUUGUUCUGAUGUGCUCUCCUCCGCCUCAUUCUCCAGAGAUCAUCUAUAGCUGGGUAUUUAAUGAGUUCCCUUCCUUUGUGGCGGAAGACAGCCGGCGGUUCAUUUCCCAGGAGACAGGCAACCUUUAUAUUUCUAAAGUCCAAACAUCAGAUGUUGGCAGCUAUAUUUGUCUGGUGAAAAACACAGUGACGAAUGCCCGAGUACUUAGUCCUCCAACACCACUCACUCUACGUAAUGAUGGUGUGAUGGGAGAAUAUGAGCCGAAAAUUGAGGUCCAUUUUCCUUUUACAGUUACAGCUGCUAAGGGAACAACUGUUAAGAUGGAGUGCUUUGCACUUGGCAACCCAGUUCCAACAAUCACAUGGAUGAAAGUUAAUGGUUAUAUUCCUGGUAAGGCACGUCUGCGGAAAUCUCAGGCAGUGCUGGAAAUACCCAACGUGCAGCUGGAUGAUGCAGGCAUAUAUGAAUGCAGAGCUGAAAACUCCCGUGGAAAAAAUUCCUUUCGUGGACAAUUACAAGUAUACACGACCUUCUGCAGUCCCGAUUCCCACGCGGGACGGCUCCACGCGGAACCGCUCACCAGCGCUGCGUCACCUGGGGUCGGCUCGGGAAGCGGCUUGGGUCGCGUCCUUUCGCCCUGCGCGGGCGUCUUCCAGGUCAGAGUCCUAGUGACCGCGCGGGCGUCUUUCAAUCAGUCCCGCCGCCACCGACCUGCGCGCGCGGCACCGCGAGGCUCCCGCGGCGGGACCCCACAGAAGCACAAGGCUCCCCCGAACCCGCCGCCCGCCGGGCUCUUGCCCGGGCCCAGCAUGCCUGCAGCGGCGCCACGCUGGCCCUUUCUCGCAGUGCAACCCGUUGGAACCGCAGCCGCCUCGCACAGUCCCUCUUUCUUGAUAAAAGCCUUUUCCUCUGUUGUUUAUUUGAAUAAUGCUACUUCAGCUCCCACUUUUGCACUGAAUCAACUGAAGAAAACAAUAAUUAUUACCAAAGGCCGAGAAGUUGUCAUAGAGUGCAAACCUCAAGGCUCUCCAAAGCCAACCAUCUCUUGGAAGAAGGGAGACAGAGCAAUUAGAGAGAAUAAAAGAAUAGCUAUUCUUCCAGACGGGAGCCUACGGAUCCUAAAUGCUUCUAAAUCAGAUGAGGGAAAGUACGUAUGCCAAGGGGAAAAUGUCUUUGGUUCUGCUGAAAUCAUAGCUUCAGUAUCUGUAAAAGAACCUACAAGAAUAGAACUUACUCCUAAAAGAACAGAAUUAACAGUGGGAGAAAGCAUCGUUCUUAAUUGCAAAGCAAUUCACGAUGCUAGUUUGGAUGUCACUUUCUACUGGACACUAAAAGGACAGCCUAUUGAUUUCGAGAAAGAAGGUGGACAUUUUGAAAACAUCAGGGCCCAAGCAUCCUCUGCAGAUUUAAUGAUCAGGAACAUCCUUCUGAUGCAUGCUGGGAGAUAUGGCUGCAGGGUACAGACCACAGCAGACAGUGUGUCAGAUGAGGCAGAACUUCUUGUUAGGGCAAGAACCCAAGUUCUAAGCAGAAGUUUUGCUAAAGGUCAGCCCCAUAACUGGUCACAUCUUCAAGGAAGACAGUGGAAAAUUGCCUGGUGUCUGAGUGACUCUUCAUUGAACAAUGCAAAAUCCAUGCAGAAUGAAGAGAGAGAGGACUGGCGUUGAUCAGAAGAAACUUUUACUAACUUUUACUGCAGAUGGGAUUUUGUCCUCCCCAACACCUGGCAAAGAAUGAUCACCUUCGAUGGAUGGACAAUAUUACUUUUAUAUUGGAAUAUAUACAACGUGUACAACUUUAACUCAUGUAAAACUACA